CAAUCCCAUGAAGGUAUCACACAUCAAAGCCCUGAUUUUCUCUCUCUAAAUACCAGACAAACUUCUCUCUCUCUCUCUCUCUUCCAGUGAGCUGAAGCUUGACCCGAAAUUCAUAGUGUCUCUCUCUAAAUACCACAAGAUAUUUUUUUUUUGAACCCAUUAAUUUCGAUGCUUCAAUUUAUGUCAUAUGUUCUCUGGGUUGCUUCAUUUGACUGUGUUCUGGUUGAGUUAAUUUUAUUGAUAUAAAAAAAAAAAUGGAAAUUUGGAAGAAGGGAGAUGAGUUUUAGUGGUUAAAGGUCGUAGAACUAUUGAAUGCCAUUGAUUGAUCCUACAUGAAAUUUUUGUUAUAUUGAUUAUUCUUGUUGUAGCUUCCUAUGCUGUCCGGAUUGCUGCUUUCUUUGCUAGUUUUUUCUUUGGCUAAAUUUGUUUUGAUUAUCAAACAAUUCAGAUGGUUAAAUUGAGUUCUUUUUGGAGGUGAUAGAGAGUGGGAGCUUUUGUAAAGCUGCUUAGAGCUUCUUUGCAAACAUUUAAGGGUUGUCCCUAAGGCCAUAAAAAAUCCUUGAAGCACUCUCAGAAUAGCAUAUUAUCUGUCAGCAUAGUCUUAAUGGAGUCUCUAGUUGUUCAACUCCAUGAAAUCUCAGCUGUCAAAUUUGGCAACUUCAAGCUCAAAUCUGGCAUCUCCUCACCAAUAUACAUAGACCUCCGCCUCGCUAUAUCUUACCCUUCUGUCCUCCGGCAAAUUUCUCAAACUCUAGUUUCUUCUGUGUCUUCCACUUCAUUUGACCUUGUCUGUGGUGUCCCUUACACUGCUCUGCCUAUUGCCACUUGUGUCUCUGUCACUCAGAACAUCCCAAUGGUCAUGCGCCGCAAGGAAAUCAAAGACUAUGGCACUUCAAAAGCCAUUGAAGGUGAUUUCAAGCCUGGCCAAAGAUGCUUGAUAAUUGAGGAUCUAGUUACCACUGGUACAUCAGUUUUGGAAACUGCUGCACCACUGCGUGCCACAGGGUUGAAGGUCAGUGAUGCUGUUGUUUUGAUUGAUAGAGAGCAAGGUGGGAGGGAGAAUUUGGAGAAUAAUGGAAUCAAGCUGCAUGCAAUUCUUAAAUUGACUGAAAUGGUGAAAAUUUUGAGGGAAAAAGGAAAGCUUGAUGAGAAGAUGGUUGGAGUUGUUAUGAAAUUCUUAGAGGAGAAUCGGAAGGUUGCUGCUCUGGCAACUGCAGCUAAGGUCAAGGCCUUGUCAUUUUUGGAGAGGGCUAAGUUGUCCAAGAAUCCAACAGGAAAGAGGUUGUUUGAGAUAAUGGCUGAGAAGGAGAGUAAUCUGUGUUUGGCUGCAGAUGUUGGAACUGCAGCUGAAUUGCUUGAAAUUGCUGACAAGGUUGGGCCAGAGAUAUGCUUGCUGAAAACUCAUGUGGAUAUUUUACCAGAUUUUACUCCUGAUUUUGGUUCUAAGCUUCGCUCGAUUGCAGAAAAACAUAACUUCUUAAUCUUUGAGGACCGUAAAUUUGCUGACAUUGGUAACACAGUUACCUUGCAGUAUGAAGGAGGGAUCUUUCGUAUAUUGGAUUGGGCUGAUAUAGUAAAUGCUCACAUUAUCUCUGGUCCUGGAAUUGUGGAUGGACUGAAAUUGAAGGGUUUGCCUCGUGGAAGAGGUCUGUUGCUGCUUGCCGAAAUGAGUUCGGCUGGUAACCUUGCCAAGGGAGAUUAUACCACUUCUGCAGUGAAAAUUGCAGAGGAUCAUUCUGACUUUGUGAUUGGCUUCAUCUCAGUCAAUCCAGCAUCAUGGCUCGGGGCACCCAUAAAUCCCUCUUUCAUUCAGGCAACUCCUGGAGUUCAAAUGGUGACCGGUGGUGAUGCUUUAGGGCAGCAAUAUAACACUCCAUAUUCCGUUGUCCAUGAUAGGGGUAGUGACAUUAUCAUAGUGGGGCGUGGCAUCAUCAAGGCAGCAAAUCCGGCUGAAGCAGCUCACGAAUACCGCCUUCAAGGAUGGAAUGCAUAUUUGGCAAAGUGCAGCUGAGACCUGUAUUCCCAGACUAAAUGGAUGAACCAAAAUUUUGUUUUUGUGAGCUAUUUAACUUCAUUGGAACCUAGAGGAAGCACAUGGGAAGUGGCCUAUUUGUUUUCUUGGAAAUGAUUUCAGUUCAACUAUCCGGAUCUAUACCAGAAGGGUUUCAUUUUUAUGAUUUUCCUUAGCAGGUAGUACGUUGAAUGAUCCAUUUCACAUUAAUGUUUUACAUCAUUUUCUGUCAGAGGACAAAACUAAUGCAUAACAUUCAUUGUAAUCAAAUAGUUUAUUGGUCUACGUUAGAUCA